UGAAGUCUUCGGCAUAAUUCACCCACGGGCAAACCUUUAGUUCUCACGAAUUAGAUUUGAGAAAUCGGCACCGGUUCAAGUACCCUCGUCCGGAGACCUGAUUUUGGAUCCUGGUGUUCUACUACUAUAGGUACUCAUCCUGCUUCGCCAUGACGACUGCCUCGCGAUCCUACACGUUCCUCGCGACUGGAUCAUCCAGGGAGCGAUUCGAAUCACACUUGAACGGGUAAAAGUGCAAUGAUACCAUCCAGCCUAUCAUGAACGUUCAAAAGUUCGUGCAGCGACGCUGUAGGAUAUCGUAUCGCAUAUCAUGGAAACGGUAGUCUUGCUUCUAGAAGUCCUAAUUGUUUCGGCCCUAUCUGCGGAGGAGCCGAUAAAAAAUGCUUACGGGCAGUGUAUACAUCCUCUUGGCAUGGAGGAGGGAAAAAUUCCGGACGACGCAAUAACGGCGUCUUCUAGCUACGAGAUGAAGUCCGUCGGCCCGCAAAAUGCGAGGAUUCGCCAAGAGAAAAACGGUGGUGCUUGGUGUCCAAAGGCCCAAAUCAGUAAUGAUAUUCGAGAAUAUUUGGAAGUUGAUCUAACUCAAGACCACUUAAUCACCUGGACAGAAACGCAAGGUCGUUUUGGAAAUGGCCAGGGUCAAGAAUAUGCAGAAUCCUUUUUUCUGGAAUACUGGAGGGGUUCAAAGUGGCAUCAGUACAAAAAUUUAAAGGGCGAUAGCGUCCUACGAGGGAACAGCAAUACAUAUCUGGUCGAGAAACAGAAGUUGGAUCUACCCUUUGUGGCUAGCAGGGUCCGAUUCGUCCCUUACAGUCAGCAUCCACGCACAGUCUGCAUGAGGGUUGAGAUUUAUGGAUGUGUCUGGGAAGAACGAAUAGUAAGAUACAAGUCUCCCAAGGGAGUGACAUACGGUCCUGAUGGAUGGGGUCUCCAAGAUUCCUCGUAUGACGGAAAUGAGAGGAAUGAUUUAAUGGUGGAUGGACUAGGACAGCUCACGGAUGGGAUCAUCGGUGAAGAUCCUGAAAGUCUUGUCUCCUCAUCCCCUACAAACUGGGUCGGAUGGAACAACCAGGAUUCGGUUGAACUAAUCUUCGAGUUCAGCGAUUUCCGGGAAUUCGAAAAUUGCACCGUACAUGUGGCUCAUAUUCCGAAAAAAGAGGUCAAGGUAUUCUCAUCUGCCCUCGUUGCGUUUUCCUUCGAUGGAAUCCAGUUCCAAUCUAAUCCAGACAAAAUAGAAGUUACAGAAGAUAUCAAAACAAAUUCAAUCAGCAUAUCAAUUCCUCUAUUGUCAAGAGUCGCUAAAUUUGUGAAAUUGGAACUAAAGCCGCAAUCAAAAUGGUUGAUGAUAAGCGAAGUGGAUUUUGAAACUCGCAAGAUUCAACUUUCUGCACGAAAUAUAUCCUCAGAGGUAUCAGAUCAGUUCUUCCGUGCCUGUGAAAAUGACUCAGAAUCGAAUGAGACGAUCGACAAGAACGCCUUUGUAAAUGAAACUGUCUCUGAUAUAAACCCUAAUUUGACACCUGAUGCCUUCCCAAUCAAUAAUUCUCAGACGUAUAUUGGACUCAUAAGCGGAGUCUUGACAGUUGGGGCUUUAUUGCUGACUUGUACAGUCUUCUUGCUGAAGCAGAGGGGUCGAAAUAAGGUGGCCCUCCUUCAGAAACACACAGCUCUGCUCUGUGGAUCCCCAAAACCUGGAAUCACGAUCAACAUGAAAGAUAUAAAAAUAGCCAAUCCGAUUGUUGUCAAUGCCUUGUCUCAAUCGAGGCUUUCUAUCAAAAGUAAAAGCUUUUUUAGUGAUGACAACACAAUUAGAAGUAGUGAGCAUACAAGUGAGUAUGAACCUUGCAGUGCCUAUGAGAGGACCUACAAACUUUUCUCUGAAGAAAAUCUAGCUUACGAACCUCCCUCUCACAAAGCCGAACAUUACUCUACUUGCAAAAGUGAAUACAGUGAUGUUACAGACUUUACGAACGAGAGGAAUUAUCAAGAGGAUCAGAUGACAUCGACCCCCUUUUCAAAUAAGAGACAUAGUCAUUCAAAAACGAAAUCUAAAGUUCAUGAGGGAUAUUAUGCUGCAACAGAUAUUUUAACAAUUAAACGAAGACAACAACGAUCAACUUCGAGUUUAUUCACCCCUCUUCAAAUUCAAGAUAGUGUUCAUCUUUCAAAUACAACUAAUUCCUAUAAUAUUCAACACGUCUCCAGACACAGACUGAGAAUCAUGGACAAAUUGGGCGAAGGUAGUUUUGGAUUGGUUCACAUGUGUGAAGCAAAAGGCAUCCAAAGUCCGGAUCUAAGCACAAUUCGGAAUCGCCAAGUCGUUAUAGUCCGAUCUUUAUGGCGUGGAGUAACUGACUCCUUGAAAAAAGAUUUCAUGAAGGACAUGCGGGUCUUGGCUGCAAUUCGUGAUAUCAAUGUAGCUAGGAUUGUAGCUUUGGUGGAAGAGGAACCUUUUGGAGCUGUUUUUGAAUAUGGAGAACUUGGUGAUAUUCCUACAUUCAUGAAAAGUCGAGAAAGUUCAAGUGACGAUACACCCUUGAGUUACGGAUGUUUGCUGAACUUCGUUACUCAAAUAGCUUCAGGAAUGAAGUACUUGGAAAACUUAAAUAUGCCACACUGCGAUUUAGCAGCGAGAAAUUGCGUCGUGAGUAAAAACUUAAUAAUAAAAGUUUCAGACCACGCUAUGUACUGCAGCAAAUACGAUCAAGAGUAUUAUGUGAAUGGGUAUUACGCGAAAGUACCUCUUCGUUGGAUGGCAUGGGAGGCGAUUUUGUUGGGAAAGCAAAGUUGUCAAGCUGACGUUUGGUCCUACGCUAUCACGGUUUGGGAGAUCCUAACUUGUUGCAAGGACAUGCCCUACUCAGAUUUAACUUCUGAGCAGGUCCUGGAAAAUUGCAGCAAGUGGUACCACAGUGGAACCGUUGAGAAGAGUCAACCUCGGAUACUUCCGCAGCCUCCCUGCUGCUCCAGGGACCUUUAUCACAUGAUGACCAAGUGCUGGAGCAAGCACGCCGAGGAAAGGCCCACCUUCGAGGAAAUCUGUCUCUUCCUGAAAAGAUUGGGCUUCGAUUGAAGUAUCGUUCGCUCGAGCAGCGUGGACCAAAUCGAUUACAAUCAGCUAAGAAGCAUCCUUCCUCUCAUCGAGCCCGGCAGGAUGCUCUAGCCACCAAAUUAUGCUCAACUAGGUUAACCUCCUUCUUCUAAGACUAAGAUUUACAUUAAGAUAACGAAUAAGAAUUUUAAUAACACUCUGGGAAAAGAUCUCUUUCAUUCAAUAUUCGAAAAUUUUCUCUAAGAAAAAAGAUCCUCUGUCGCUUCGAUGGGAAUCGAACUCUGGUCUUCCGAUUACCGCACAGCGGGGCAAAAAAAUUUCUCUGGACAAAUAAACUUUUAGCCUAUAUGCUGUUUAUUCGAUUUGGACGUUUUUUUUACAAAAGAUAUUUAAAUUUCGAAAAGAUUUGUGUGUUUGGAUUUAUGGUAAAAAAAUUUUUUGAUUUUUAUUUAACGAUAUAAUUUACUUUUUUUUACUUUUCAUAAGUACAAUUUCCCUUAAGAUUUGCAGAUUUAUCAAACAAGGUUUUAUAUCUGCUCUGAAACUAUCAAGACAUCAUCUCCAGUGAGUGAGAAUAAUUUCAAAAAACUGUAUAUCUUGUUAUAAACAAAUUAAUGUACAAAUCCAAUGUUAUAUCGACUAAUAUCAUCUUUUCGAUGACUGUUCACUAUAAUACUCUUUCUGCUUAUUAACAUUGUUUACAUGAUUAAUAAUUAUCAAUUUGGAAAUCAUCACAGCAAAGAGUCAUCGGAAAGACAUUAUUUGUCGAUUCUGUGAACAACAAUUGAGCGUAAUCGCUGAAAAAUAGCCAAACUCUGAAUUUUCUACAAGACUCUGGAUUUGAAUAAGCUAAACAUUACCAAUACCGAAAAAUACCUUUUAUUCAUUAAUUUGUAAUUAAACCACUUUUUAAUUAUGUUUACCCACUGGAAUUUAUUUCCAAACAGUUCAACCACAAGAUAUGGUUUGGUUUAUAAAUCUGAAAAUCAUAUAAAAAAUGGUUCUUCUGGAAGGAUAAAAAAGUGUCAAUUUUGUUUGUUAAAUACAAAAUUUAUAAAACAUCCAAACACAAAUCUUACAAAAAAUUUUUAAUCAUCCGUAUCGAAUAAACAGUGUGGGCUAAAAAUUGAUUUGUCCACAAAAAAAAUCAUUUAAGUCGGGAGACAGUACCGCUUUCCCAUGUAUUUUUAGCAGGUUCCCAAAAAAAGUGAACAGGGAUUUUUAAAUCUAUUAAUUAGCAGUCUCCCUUGAAAUCCCUAUAUAAAUAAUGUUGGAGGACGAACAAAUUUUUUGUAAAUUCGAUUCAAAAUGUCCAAUAUAUAAUAAAUUUUAUGCGUUUCUUUCAAUAUCACAUGGAAACUCUUAAAAGAAUGCGAAUCCGUAAUUAAUUUUCAAUUUAUAUGCCACUAAGCCCUUUUUAUAGCACCCCAAAAAUCAUCCAAUGAAAUCGUGUCUUGCGGAACAUUGGCCUUAUUAUACAAAUCAAUUUUUUACAUUUUUUCAUAGAUCCUGAUGAAUUGAUAAAGUAAACAUUUUUAUGUACAUGUUAAGUAAUUUUUAAUUGUUAAAACAAUUAUUAUUUUAUGCAAAGUUUGUAGCGCCAUUGGAUUUAUUUAUCGUAUUUUCUGAAUACCAUUAGUCCGCAAUAUUUUGUAAGGAACAAUAAACU